AUGCCCACCAUGGAUCUCUACAACAUGCCCGGAUCACCCAGCACCCGUGCCAUAUUGAUGGUGGCCAAGGCAGUGGGAGUGGAACUGAACUCCAAAGUCAUUAACACCAUGGAGGGUGACCAGCUGAAGCCGGAGUUCGUGAAGAUCAACCCACAGCACACCAUUCCCACUCUGGUGGACAAUGGAUUCGCCAUCUGGGAGUCGCGUGCCAUCGCCGUCUACCUAGUGGAGAAGUACGGCAAACCGAACUCUUCUCUCUACCCCAAGGAUCCCCAGAAGAGGGCUCUGAUCAACCAGAGGCUGUACUUCGAUAUGGGAACUCUGUACGACAGCAUAUCCAAGUACUUCUACCCCCUGUUCAGAACCGGUAAGCUGGGAGAUCAGGAGGCUCUGGACAAGGUUAACUCUGCCCUAGGGUUUCUCAACACCUUCCUGGAGGGACAGGACUACGUGGCCGGCGACCAGCUGUCCGUAGCUGAUCUGGUUAUCCUGGCCACUGUCUCCACUUUCGAAAUGUUUUCGUUUGUCAUGGAGCCAUUCCCGAACGUGGAGAAAUGGUAUAAGAAUGCCCAGAAGGUUGUUCCCGGCUGGGAGGAGAACUUGGCGGCCAUUGAGCAGGCCAAGAAUCCAAUAGAAGCUAAAAUAGCCUUGAUCAACAUGACCAACAUGGAUAUCUACAUCAAUCCUGGAACCCCGGGCACCCGUGCCAUCUUCAUGACCGCCAAGGCUCUGGGACUCGAACUAAACGUCAAGAUCAUAAAUCCCAGGGCAGGAGACAACCUAAAGCCGGAGUUCGUGAAGCUCAACCCGCAGCACACCGUUCCCACCUUGGUGGACAAUGAUUUUGUCAUUUGGGAAUCGCGUGCCAUUGUGAUAUACCUGGCAGAGAAGUAUGGCAAACCAAAUUCGCACCUGUAUCCUAAGGAUCCCAAGAAGAGGGCCAUUAUCCUCCAGCGCCUGUUCUUCGAUCUGGACGUCCUUUACAAUGCCAUUAUCCCCAUUUUCAAAACCAAUCUUAUGGAAGAUCAGGCUGCCCUGGAGAAGUUUAAGGCUGCGUUUAGAUUCUUGGACUCCUUCUUAGAAGGCCAAGACUACUUCGCCGGUAGCCAUUUGACCGUGGCUGAUAUUGUCCUCUUGUCCUCCGUCUCCGUGGUGGAAAUGGUGCAGUUCGAUAUGAAGGAAUUCCCCAACCUGGACAAGUGGUACAAGAAUGCCCAGAAGGUUACACCAGGCUGGGAUGAGAACUUGGAAAGCAUUAAGACGUUGCAAAAGUUCAUCGAGGGCUUCAGGGCAGGAAAGAAGUAA